CCCCACAACACCUCUCCCAAACACACAACCAACCCCCAUUGACCUCGGGCAUUACCGGCUAGCUGCGUGGCUGCAUGCACUAUAGACAUAUAUAGACGCCCGCUCGCUGCACUGUAUGAUACAAACCUGGACAAAACCACUCCCACAGAACUGAGACUCCCCGCCAGACCUCAACGCGGGCAAAAGACAAUUCAUUCCCUCGGCAUUCCCGCUGACUGCGCUCGCUCCCAGCCGUGCAAGCCUCAUUCCCCACUCACAUAUACAUACGUUCCUCGGCACAGCAUGAGCCAACAAACGAACCCAGCAACAGGUGCCUCGCAGCCGCAGCCGCAGCCGCAGCCGCAGAACAACAGGGCGGCGGCUGUAGGGUUUCUCAGAAAACGAGGCACAGAACGAAAAGAGGCAGGAGCUCCAGCAGUCGCAGCGGCAGCAACCGCCGCUGUACCUUCCUCCUUGUCCAUACCCAGCAGCCAGGGGAAGCUCACACUGGACGAACUAGUCUCUCCUGGUCCGUGGAGCCCUACGUCGUCUAUUCCGCUGCCUGCUCAACCUUCAAGCUACCACCACACCCAGCCGCACGAAUUCGCCCUCUCCUAUCCACCGCCAACGACGUCCUUACACUUCAACAUCCACACGCAACCAGCUGCUGACUUUACGCCGAGCUUUAGUCCACCGGCGCCCUUACUGUAUCCAGCAGGCUACCAGGGGUUGGCGCAAAUGGAGCGGAUAUCAGUUAUGCUGCGGCGGAAGGAGGAGGAACUGCAACUGCAAAAGGAGGCAGAGGAACUCAACGAAACCACCUUCGAACGGAAACUGAGGAAGGUGGAAGAGGAUAGGAGGGGCGCAAAAUUGAUUGGCAGUGCACCGCCGGCGGCUUCAAAUGAUGCGGGGCGAAUCACCGAUCUGGAGUCGAUGGCUCGCCAGCGAAGUGAGCGCCGGAAAACGGUUUGGAGGUCGGCGCGACGGCCUACCGAAUUCGGUGAGGCUGCUAUUGUGCAUGCCGCUUUCGCUAUGGCCGCCGCGGCUAUGAGCGACAACGAGGACGAUGAGCAGGAUUUGACCUCAAAUUCAGCGCCGACUCGGUCAGAACCAAUCCAACGAAGUGCAUCGGCUUUCGAAUCGAGGCGGAGACCGCAUGCCAACACAGCAUUUCGGGAAGCGAUGGAUAACCGCAUGAUUGGGGAUGACCCGUCCACUGGGAGCGACGAUGCGAUGUCGCGGACACCUAUCCGCACGCGGCUAGAUCACAAAGGCAAUCUAAGCGUUCACAGCUCAUCUUCGUCGUUAGGCGGUGGGAUGGUAGUGCCAGUCCCAGGGCGAGGGAACAGGGAUGAGGAUUACCCCGCUGCCAUCAACGGAAGGGCUCAAGCACUUAGCGCCGCUGCGCUUUUUGGAACAUCGAUACCCAUGGCGGUUGAUCCAGCCUUACCCAUGCCAAUUCUGCCACAACCUCAUCCCAUGGGGCAUCCGCACAUGUCGCACCAGCAGCAACAGUAUCAGCAUCAGCAGCAACAUCACAUGCAGACGCUGCAAUGGCAGCAGCAGGCGCACGUGCAAGGGUCCGUCGGGAAUUCCCCCGAAGGAAGGUUCGAGGAAAGGCUCGAAAGAAGUAACAGCGGACAACGACCAGCAAGGCCACGCCCGCGGUUACAUAUCAGCCCCCCCUCGUUCGAACAACCCCACAACCAGUACCCACCCCGCAGUCCCCGCAGUCCCCGUAGCCCCCUUGCAUCCCCACACCCACACCCCGGACCCUUCGACUGGACGCGUGAGGAUACCGAACCUGGAAGAAAUCUGAGCGCAGACGCCCGCAAACGUUCGUUAGCACCUGACUUUCCCGUGCGCAAAGGCUCAAUACCAGAGCGUGGGUCGAGAAAGGGCUCUGCUGUGGAGAUCCUCGCCCUGCGUAAAGGGUCGACCCCAGAGAUCGUCGGUGCGCGCAAAGGAUCAGUUACGGCAGAUAUUGUCGGCGUGCGGAAAACAUCCACCCCGGAGUUGAACGAGAGCAGGACACGAGCGAAGACGCCGGAUUUACUGACUAUUCGGAAAACAAAGGUUGCUCGUAGUGAUGUAGCGGCUGCGAGGUUUGGGUCGUCGUUGGAUUCGGGGCAGGAGAGGUUGUUGCCGCAGCUGUAUACGCACCAGCGCUCGGCUGUCGCGCAACUCGACACGGCUUCGGAGCCUCCGACGCCGCGGGUCGCUGGGGACAGGCCGGUAGAACCGACUAGACUCGACAACGUGUCGUAUAGUACCUCGGGAUCGGUACUGGCAAUGAUGGUACCAAUUGACGGCUUACUAGAAUCAUCCACCUACAUAUCCCGAUCGGAAUCCUGCUCUACAUCCUCCUCAAGCAUCCCCCCGCUCCCCCUCCUCGAACCAUCCCGCAAGUUCCUCCACCAAGGCCGCGCCUGGCAGGUCAUCACCACCAGCACCGUCAAAGACCGCUACCUAUUCCUCUUCACCGACAUGCUGGUCAUCGCCAAACAACUCUCGGACGAUCCCAUCAACCCGCUCAACUCCACAUACCAGAUCAAGAACAUCAUGCCGUUGAACACGACCAACCAUAACGCGCAGCUGGUGCUUAAGGAUGAACGGUGGAAUUAUACUGCACGUGUACCGUCCCCGGCCGUCCGAACCACUGUGAAGAAGUUUGGAGCGAACCCGAUCAAAGCUAUUGCGUAUAUACUCGCCAAACGAGCGUUUCCGUGCACACCGGACGCCAUCGCGCAUUUCCUGCACGUCACCCCCGGGUUGAACAAACGACAGCUGGGCCGGUUCCUCGGCGUCCUGGAACACGCGGACAUCCUGCAAGCGUUCCUCUCCACCUUCCCCUUCAAGAACCAGCGGAUAGACGAGUCACUACGGCUGUUCUUGUCGACCAUGAGGUUACCGGGCGAUACGGCGGUGAUCGACCGCAUGCUCGACGCGUUCGCUCGGCAGUGGUUCCACGCCAAUAAAGACGGACGCGGGCAUACGGCUGAUCUGCAUCCCAACAUCAUCCUCCGCCUCGUGUUCGCCGUCAUGGAACUCAACGCGGAUCUCCACAACACCUACCCAACAUCCUCCUCCGCAACGAGCCCCACCACAGUCGUAGAAGACGACACCCACCCCGCGCCCCCACCCCGCGUCACCUCUCGUGAAUUCAUCGACAGGUUCCGGACGACCAUCAGAGCCGAAGCGGUCGCCGCGGGCGGGUACAACGGGGUGCCGUUGCCGUAUUCGACGGGGAUCAGUACGACGACGCUUGCGGAGGUGUAUGACAGUGUGCGGAGGGAGAAGGUGGAGAUGGCGGAGGUGGAUGCGGAUGCGGGGGGCAAGGUGGGCGUUUUGGUCGAGGUUGCUGGCGGGGGUGGGGGGAGCAAGGGGGAGGUGGUGUAUGGGGGCAAGCGGAGGCCCGUUUUCCACAGUCAUUCGCAUCAUGCGGCAGCAGAGGACGCGUAUGUGGAAACCGACCCACACCAUCACCCGCAACCGUAUAAUGAGGAAGACGCAGCCGACGAACCCGCUGAACGCGCCGAUGAGAACGAAGUGGACACUAACGGGACACCGGACGACGACCUGACCAUCCCACCCUUCCCCUCGCGCCUCACCUUAAAACAUACCUCCCCGCCCAUAUCCAUCUCCAUCCCCUUCCCGGACCCCCGGCUCCGGAUCCACCUCUACGGCCAAGACCUCCUCUUCACGCCCGCGGUACUUACAUUCGCAACCUCCAAUACGGCCACGUUCACGGUGAAAGGAACCGGGCUGGGGCGGAAGAUUGUGUUCAUGUAUAAGAGGGGAGGGACGGCGAGACGGUACAGGAUGACACCUGCGACGAGGCAGAUCACGAUUGAGCCCGCGUUUUUGAGACAUAGUUUCCAGUUGACGUUUUGGAGCGGGGCGGUGGGUGGCAAUGAGCGGAGUGGGAGCGGUCGAGCCGGUGGGGGGUUUAAAGCCCGCAGCCAUAACGGUAACGGCAGCUCCACGACCCUCCCUAUGAUGCACCGACUGGACUCGACGUUGGAGCUGCCUAUGUUGGCGUCCCCCGUCGCCGCACGGGACGCGGCGGCUGCGAACGCGGCGACGAAGAAGAAGUAUUUGUUUACGGUGUCGGAUUUCGAGACCCGCGCGGCGUGGAUGGAGGCGUUUGCGGUUGCGGGCUUGGUGCCGAGUAUGGGUGCGCGGGCGAGGGGGACUGUGGGGGAUGCGGCGGGGGGUGCGAAUAUGCAUGAGGGGUACCAUCGGUCUGUGCGUUCUCAUCAUGAACUGCAUCGUCAACAGCAGCCGCAGCAGCAUUCUUUCUCUGCGCACAGCCAUCAUCAUCGGGCGAUGGCUUCCCAGCAGCAGCAACAACCUCAACGUAAUCCCCAACGAGACCCUGCCCACUACCCCACCUACUCGGCAACUUACACGUACCCGACCGCGCCCAACUCCCCCCAACCACCUCCCCACCACUCCUCCAAGUCAUCGCAGUACCCCCAACCCCAGCACCACCACAUAUCCCACCCACUCUCCACGCAACCCCCGCCCACAUCCCCCGCCACCGUCCUCCACCACCCGCACCUCACAUCCCCUCCCCCACCCACAAAACGCAAACACCACCCCACCAAAACAGUCUCAGUAGCAACCACCCUCUCCUCAACCUCAUCCUCCUCAAACUCCUCCUCAACAACAACCACAACCACAACAUCCACCUCCACAUCCACCUCCACCACCCUCACAACCACCGCAAAAUCAUCCGCAUAUAGCCUAACAGACUCAGACACCCUCCCGUCCCACGUCGCCCACAGAGUCCUCAAAGAAGCCGUGCUGCCCGUCGAUAAAGUCGUCACCGCCCAACAGUUGGUCAGGAGCGUGUUGGGCAGCGCGAGGGUCGAGGUGCUGCUGGGCUUUUUGAGGGAGGGCGGCGUCAUGGAUACCUGGGUCUGAUGCGAUAGUUGGCGAGCGGAAUGACGAGGGGUCAUGGCGUAUUAACUCUGUAUUUUAUAUGUAUUAUAUUGUUUUGGGUCGCUUCGGGAACGGAGCCAUGGCGUACCUUUUUUUGUUGCCUAUAUAGACUUGUCCCCUUUUCUUAACUUUAUUCUUUGUUUUUUUGAGUGUUGGAAAAUGAGAUUUUCGAUCGGUGUC